AUAUCAAGAAUCUGCAUCUUUCCAUCACCAACAAAAGUGGCGACCGUGACUAAGACACAUAAUACAUGAAGAAGGAAACUACAUGUUAAACCAAAACUCGUUAUUUAACGGACAUAAUUUAAACUUCGCCAUACGACGCAUCUAGAAGCUGGGCUGCAUAUUAUGCGACAUGAGUGAAUAGUGGCACCUACAUCGCGGCGAGUCAGCGUUAUUGCAGAUGAGUAGCCCUGUCCUUUCUUUAUUUCCUAAAUAUUCCCUUUUCAAGUUUGUGUGAUCUGCGAGUUUGAUUACGAGUGUGUAACAUUAAUAUUCUUUGUGCAUUAAGUGUCGUGUUAAUCAAGAAGUUAAUUUCUUUUUUGCAUGUACACCACGGUGCAUAUACAUUUUUACGUGGUUUAGCUCUUAAUAAUCGUAAGCAUUUGCAUCAUUUCCGCUUCGCUAGCCUUUAUUUAAAAGUGUUUACUUAAAAUCAAGCACAGCUUAAUGCUACGAGGGUAAAUAAAUGCUUAAAUACUUUAAUUUUAUAGCUAAACGCUUAAUUUACACGUAAAUAUAUACAUCAUAAAUAAAAGCGCAGCGAUUUCGUGACAUUUAAAUUAUAAUUUGUAUUUCUUUGUUUGUAAAAAGGCUUCUCAUUUUCGUAAUUUACACUUUUAUCUUUAAAACUUUAUUUCUAAAAGCAAAACAUCUUUACGCCCUUAUAAGUUGCUCGAUUUAUUAUCUCUUCGCUUAAAAUUAAAAUCAAUCGUAAACAUAAUUGUAGUAAAAAUCAUUUUGCCAAUUGUUUUCGCCGAACAUUCCAGGCGAACCGAUUACGUAACCGGCAAGUGGCCGUUGCUGUCUGCAUUGUCAUCGUGCACUGUGAAUCGCACGGCGCGGCACCGUGUCUCAGCGUGUCGAGUCGCUCGCGUUAUCGGAGCGCACUGCACACGACACAGUGUCUCACCGUGUCUACACGGCGCGCGGCUGCUACUUCAUUGGCACUUCCUCAUCGGGCGGCCGCUGACGUCACUACCAAGCCCGCAGAAGCCUGAAAACAUGAACAUUCGCACAAGGUACCAGUUGGUCGAACAGCUCCGGUGCAACUUCUGGGAAAGAUGGAGAAAAGAAUAUCUGGCCGAACUGCAACAAAGAACAAAAUGGCGUUCCCGGCAGAUAAACCUAAAGAAAGGGGAUUUGGUGGUCUUCAAAGAACCUAAUCUGCCACCACUCAAAUGGAGACUCGGCCGAGUUCAGCGACUUUACCCCGGCGAUGACGGAGUGGCCAGAGUCGCCGACUUCCUGACCUACCGAGGCGUUGAACGAAGAGGCGUUAACAAGGUCUGCCCUCUACCAACCACGACGGAGGAUUCUGAUGUCUUGGAAGAAGCUGCAAGUCCUUCCAAGGGCGGGGAGGAUGUCAAGGACCGGUCCUACCGCGUGAGGCGACAGAGGGGAACGCAGGGCGCGGGGGACGACUCCGCGCCAGAGCCGAUACAACCACCAUCACGAUCGCGCGCGCGCAUCCCUCAAGAAUAAUCCGAAAUAAUAACGUUAGCAUGUAACUUUCCGAAUUAAAUGUUUAUAUCAAGAA